GGGAGCGCCCCGCCGCCCGCCGCUCCGGCGGCAGCCCCGCCGCGCCCCGACCGUCCUAUGCGAGCCGCCCGGCGCCAAGAUGAAAGACGACUUUGCAGAGGAGGAGGAGGUGCAGUCCUUCGGCUACAAGAGGUUUGGUAUUCAGGAGGGGAGCCAAUGUACCAAGUGUAAAAAUAACUGGGCACUGAAGUUCUCCAUCAUCUUAUUAUACAUUUUGUGUGCCCUGUUAACAAUCACAGUAGCCAUUCUGGGAUACAAAGUUGUAGAAAAAAUGGACAAUGUGACAGGUGGCCUGGAAACAUCCCACAGAAGAUACACAGAAAAGCUCACAGAAGUGGAGAGUGAUCUGAAGAAAUUAGAUGAUCAAGCUGGACAAAAAGCCUUGAAUACUAACACUGAACUGUCCAGCUUCAGAUCUGACAUUCUGGCUCUUCGUCAGCAACUUCAUGACAUUGCAGAGAAAACUAGCAGAAACAAAGACACACUGGAGAAGCUGCAAGAGUCUGGAAAUGUAUUAGAUGAUAGGCAGAACCAAAUGAAAAGUGCCUUAGAUAGUAACACUUUCACGAUCAUCAGUGUCAAUAAGACACUUCAGGCAUAUACUGGCUAUAUCAACAAUCUCCAACAAGACACAAGUAAUAUACAAGCAACCCUGCAAAGCCAAGAGCAUUCUCACAGUGUGGUCAUCAUGAGCCUUAACAACUUAAACCUGACUCAAAUACAGCAAAGAAAUCUUAUCAGUGUCUUACAGAAGUCAAUGGAAGAUACAAGCUCAGCUAUUCUAAGAAUCAAGAAUGACUUUCAAAAUCUGCAGCAGGUUGUCCUUCAGGCUCGGAAGGACACUGACUGGCUUAAGGAGAAAGUGCACAAUUUACAGGCCUUGGCUGCCAACAACUCAGCAAUGGCAAAAGCCAACAAUGAUACACUUGAAGACAUGAACAGUCAGCUCAGCUCCUUCAGCGGGCAAAUGGAGAACAUCACCACAAUUGCCCAAGCCAAUGAACAAAGUCUAAAGGAUCUCCAGGAACAGCAUAAAGGAGAUGAAAACAGAACUGCUGCCAAAUUCACCAAUCUAGAAGAAAGGUUCCAGGUCUUUGAGACUGAUAUAGUCAAUAUCAUCAACAACAUCAGCUACACUGCUCAUCACCUACGGACACUGACGAGCAAUCUCAAUGAGGUCAGGACAACUUGUACGGACACCUUAAGUAAACACUCGGAUGAGCUGAUUUUUAUGAACAGCACACUAGCCAAUAUUCGCAUAGACUCUGCAUCUCUCAAGGUGCAACAGGAUUUGAUGAGGUCAAGAUUAGAUGUUGAAGUCGCUAAUUUGUCAGUAAUCAUGGAAGAAAUGAAGCUGGUGGAUUCCAGACAUGGCCAGCUCAUCAAGAACUUCACUAUCCUACAAGGCCCUCCUGGUCCAAGGGGACCUAAAGGUGACAGAGGCCCUCCUGGUCCUCUUGGCCCCGCUGGCCUAAAAGGACAAAAAGGAGAGAAAGGAGAGCCUGGACCACCAGGACCUGCAGGUGAGAAGGGCCCACCUGGGCCAGCCGGGCCACCAGGAGAAAAAGGAGGGAAAGGUUCAAGAGGAUCGCCUGGCUCCAAAGGUCAGAGAGGUUCUCCUGGCAAGACCGGUCUGCCUGGACCAAAUGGAGACCCAGGGCCACCAGGGCCACCAGGCAAGGAUGGUCCACCGGGGCCCCAAGGCCCACCUGGAUUUCAAGGCCUGCAAGGAACGGUGGGAAGCCCAGGGUUACCAGGACCACGAGGAAUAACUGGGCUCCCUGGGGUCCCUGGGCUGCCUGGUCCGAAGGGCCCGCCUGGCCCACCGGGGCCGCCAGGCCCAGGGAUGCCAAUGGCGCUACAGAGCCAGCCUACGCCCGUGCCCGAGGCUAAUGGUUGUUCCCCCCGUUGGAAGAACUAUACAGAAAAGUGCUACUACUUUUCAACGGAAAGAGAAAUUUUUGAAGACGCAAAGUUAUUCUGUGAAGAGAAAGCAUCACGCUUGGUUAUCAUCAAUGACAAAGAAGAGCAACAAUGGAUAAAAAGGCAGAUUAUUGGGAAAGGCAGCUUCUGGAUUGGACUAACAGAUACAGAGAAGGAAAAUGAAUGGAGAUGGUUGGAUGGAUCUUUACCAGUUUACACAAACUGGAAACCUGGGCAGCCUGAUAACUGGGAUCACAAUCACGGGCCAGGGGAAGAUUGUGCUGGGUUGAUCUAUGCUGGGCUCUGGAAUGACUUCCACUGUGAAGAUGCUAACAAUUUCAUUUGUGAAAAAGACAUGGACAAAGGGCAAAUUCUUGGAGUGUAAUAGGCUGUAACUUUACAGAUACCUUCAUAUUAAGGAAAUUUAUGUAAAGAAGAAGAAAAUCCUGGGAAAGAGCAACACUGACUUCCAAAAUUAAAAAAAAAAAAAGAAAACAGAAAAAA